GCCACACCCCCUCCUGCUCUAGUCUAUCCCUCAGUUCCUCAAAUUCAAAUCAGCCUGGCAGGCAGCACACACGGCACGCAGCAGCCAGUCAGUCACACUGUACCCACUCCGUCCUUCACUCCGUACAGUUGAAAGAGGAGUGGAUUCUGGAGCGUGAAAUAUCUCCAGUGAUGUGGGGACUUCUCUGAAUUUUGAGCAGUCUGUCUUAGGAUAGAAUGGUGGAGGUAGCUGUCUCGUUAUACCUCAGCAAGUGUGGCUAAUGGACUAGUCCCUUUAGGACUGACUGGCUGGCUGGCUGUCUGACUGACUGGCAAGAAGAUCUUUAGAGUACAGCGGCAUCUCCCAUUUUCUCUCUCUCUCUCUCUCUCUCUCUGUGAUUGGAUAGACAGUCUGAUGGUGAAACUCAGCAUGCCAGUGAUGUCAUCGACAGACUGCAGACUGUGAACCAUGGGCAACGUGGAGAGUCAGAACGGCGACCAGGCCUUCUACGGUACCCAACAUGGCUACCUGUCCCGCAAACACAUGUCUCGUUCCCUCCGCAUCUCCAAGCACCAGUCCAGCUCCGGUUCCACCCGCUGCACCCACGACCGCCACGACCGCCACGCCACUCAGGGCAAAGCAGAACACCGUAAUUCUGAGACCUCCACGCGUUCCAGCAGCACCCCUAGUAUCCCACAGUCCUUAGCGGAUCAUGCCCUGGAGCCCUUCAACCAGACCAAUGUCCUGUCAGACUUCUCCCCUAUCUGGGUGGACCGCAUGGCCAUGAACCUCCGGCCCGUUUCCUUCCAUACCCACCUGGACAACCCCUCUGUAGGGCCCCAUCUGGACAAUCCAUCUGUAGGGCCCCAUCUGGACAAUCCAUCUGUAGGGCCCCACCUGGACAACCCCUCUGUAGGACCCCAGUUAGACGCAGCAACACCAGGGACUAGACCCCAGUGCCCCCAGGACAGAGGUCUAGGCCUGUACAAUAACACUGGGGAGGGGACCUACCUCCAAAAGACCAGAGACGGACCCCGGGAACCCCAGGAACCCCGGGAGGGAGUUAGCUUCAAGAAGAAGAGGUCCAAGUCAGCUGACAUGUGGAGAGAACACAGCCUGGAGUUCAGUCUGUCAGACCUCAGCCAGGAACACCUCACCAGCACAGAGGAGAUCAUCGACACAGAGGAGGCAGACGACAGGGACUUCCCUGAUUGUGAAGGCCUGCUGGGGCUUGUGUCCCCAGAGGGUCUGGAGGGUGUGGACGCUGCUGGCAGGGCCAACUCCCUGGAUCAGCUGUAUGGAGGUCAGAAGACCCCAACUCGCCGGCCCGUAGCACGCUAUGCUAAGUGGCACCAUGACUCUAACCGCGACGCCCGGGAGGGAGAGGACGAUAAGAUGCUGUCUCCGUCGGAGGAGGAUGGGAACUCGUACGGAGCAUAUACUCUGCCCUGUCGACGCUCACACUGCCUGUCUGAGGGACUGACCAAUCACCAGGCUGCCUCCUGUAACACCAUGCAGGGCCGCAGAGCACAGACCAUACAGGAUGUGACAGCCGGAGAGGGCAGUGAGUACGAGGACAGUGGCAUCGACGGGGUGACGGCGGAAGGGGUGGAGCAUCAGUCCCGGCGCUAUAAGACCAUGUCUAUGUCCUUCUCCGUGUGCUCGGCGGCGGGGCGGAGCCUGUUCGCUGGCAGUGACAGCGGAAGCAGCAGCGGGGGAGCGCCCAGUGAGGGGAUCCAGGGGGUCUAUGAGAACUUCAGACAGGAGUUGGAGAUGAGCUCGUGUCAGACAGAGAGUCUGGAGGAGGCGGGGUCAGCCCUGAGUGACGAGCAGAGCGUCAUGAGCUCAGCCUACCAAUCAGAUCCCCUGCUCAGCGUUGCCCAGGGAACCGUGAGGAAGGCGGGCCGUCUGGCUGUCAAGAACUUCCUGGUUCACAAGAAGAACAAGAAGGUGGAGUCAGCCACCAGGAGGAAGUGGAAGAGCUACUGGGUCUGCCUCAAAGGAUGCACUCUGUUCUUCUACGAGACGGACGGGCGGUCGGGGAUCGACCACAACAGUGCUCCUAAACACGCGGUGUGGGCUGAGAACAGUAUCGUCCAGGCCGUACCUGAACACCCCAAGAAGGACUUUGUCUUCUGCCUCAGCAACUCUCUAGGGGACGCUUUUCUCUUCCAGACCUGCAGCCAGACGGAGCUGGAGAACUGGAUCACGGCCAUCCACUCGGCGUGCGCGGCGGCGGUUGCCAGGCAGCAUCACCGGGAGGACACGGUCCGUCUGUUGAGGGCGGAGAUUAAGAAGCUGGAGCAGAAGAUCGACAUGGACGAGAAGAUGAAGAAGAUGGGAGACAUGCAGCUCAGUGCUGUGACCGAUACCAAGAAGAGGAAGACCAUACUGGACCAGAUCUUUCUGUGGGAGCAGAAUUUAGAGCAGUUCCACAUGGGUCUGUUCCGGUUCCGCUGUUACCUGUCCAGUCUGCAGGGAGGGGAGCUGCCCAACCCCAAACGCCUGCUAGCCGUGGCCUCCAGACCCACCAAGCUGGCCAUGGGACGCCUCGGAAUCUUCUCUGUGUCGUCCUUUCAUGCAUUGGUGGCAGCCCGUACAGAGAGCGGGGUGAGGAGACGUACCCAGGCCAUGUCUCGUUCCUCCUCGUCCAAACGUAAGAGCAGGUUCUCCUCUCUGUGGGGCCUGGACACUACUUCCAAGAAGAAGACCCACCCCACCAUCAACCAGGUGUUUGCUGAUGGGGAGGAGCCAGUGAAAAAGCCUCUGGACGGGAUCUAUGAUGUGGACACUGCCAGGGAGAGAGUGAAGAGUCACGAGGGGACAGCGAAGAGCCUUCCUCAGGUCAACUCAGACAGUCACAUGACAGACAGUGAUAUCUGGGUGCCUGACCACCUGACCCCGUCCUGGGUGUGUCUACCUAACGACCAGCCUGUCCUCGCCAUCAUCCAGCCUGGAGAGUCUGCUCUGGAUGUUCUGGAGACCAUCUGCAAGGCCCACCGGCUGGAUCCUGCCAAACAUUACCUCCGUCUCAAGUUCCUCAUCGAAAACCAACUCCAGUUCUACAUCCCUAAACCGGAGGAGGACGUGUGUGACUUGCUUUAUAAAGAGAUAGAGCUGGGCUCCAAAAUAACCAAAGUCAUCCAGUUCGACAGGGAUGAGUCCUGUAUGAUUGGUUACGGGUUCUCCAUCUCAGUGGUGGAGGAGGAUUCAGUCCAGCAGCUCUACAUUACUGAUGUGAAGGCGGGAGGAUUAGCCUUCGCUAAAGGUCUAAAUGCGGGGGAUGAGAUCUUGCAGCUGAAUGGGAAAGACUCGUGCAGAUUGAAGUUCGGGGACAUGAAGGAGGCGUUCUCCCAGGCCUCUCUGUCCCUGACCGUCAACACUCUGCCCUCUACGGAUCGACGACAGACCUGUUACCUGCCCCCCCGACGCUCUGACGCACAGGAAGACCUCCACACUGACAUCUUCUCUAUGAACCAGGAGGAGAUCCUGGAUGACGGGGUUGGUCUGAUGCUAGAGAGUUCCGGAGACAGCCUGGACGACGACUCUGAGAGCUUUAGUGAGGCAGACCAAUGCAGAAAGAGGAGCAAGCACUCCUCAGAGUCCAUCUAUGACAUGCUGCAUCUGAGUACGGAGCAGGUUGCAGCGUUCUGUCGCAGUCUCCAUGACAUGAAUCCGUCUGAAUGUGCCACAAGUUCCUCCUCCCCCAGCCUGGAGUCGCCCUUCCCUCCGCCCGCCACCGGCACCGCCACCCGUCAGCUCUCCGACGCCGACAAGCUACGCAAAGUCAUCUGUGAGCUGGUGGAGACCGAACGCACCUAUGUUAAAGAUCUUCAUUGUCUCAUCGGGAGGUAUUUAACCCCACUACAGAAGGAGACCUGCCUCACUCAGGAUGAGCUGGACAUUCUGGUUGGGAACCUGCCUGAGAUGGUCGAGUUCCAGGUGGAAUUCCUGAAGACUCUAGAAGACGGGACCAGAUUGGUUCCAGACCUGGAGAAGCUGGAGAGAGUGGACCAGUUCAAGAAAAUCCUCUUCUCUCUAGGAGGUUCCUUCCUGUACUAUGCAGACCGCUUUAAGAUCUACAGUGCGUUCUGCGCCAGCCACACCAAAGUCCCCAAGGUGCUCGUGAAAGCUAAGACCGAUGCAGACUUCAAGGCCUUUCUGGAAGAGAGAAACCCUAAACAGCAACACUCCUCAACCCUGGAGUCCUACCUGAUCAAACCCAUCCAGAGAGUCCUGAAGUACCCACUACUACUGAGAGAGCUGUACUCACUGACUGACCCUGAUAGUGAAGAACACUAUCACCUGAAUGUCGCUAUGACAGCCAUGAACAAGGUGGCCAGUCACAUCAAUGAGAUGCAGAAGAUCCACGAGGAGUUUGGGUUGGUGUUUGACCAGCUCAUAGCGGAGCAGAGUGGAGAUAAGAAAGAGGUUGCUGAUCUGUCGAUGGGUGACUUGCUGCUCCACACCAGCGUAGCCUGGAUCAACCCUCCCUCCUCCCUGGGCAAAUGGAAGAAAGACCCCCAACUGGCUGCAUUCAUCUUCAGAACGGCCGUGGUGUUUGUGUGUAAGGAUGGCUCCAAGCAGAAGAAGAAAAUGGGUGGCUCCCAUCGAGCGUCGUCAGUCUCGUUUGAAGACAAGGACCCAUUCCGCUUCCGUCACAUGAUCUCCACAGACACCCUCCAAGUCCGAGCCCUCAAUAACCAAGAAGGAGAGGGCUCUGCCGUGUGUGAGAUCGUCCACGUCAAGUCCGAGUCAGAAGGACGGCCGGAGAGGAUAUUCCACCUGUGCUGCAGUUCUUUGGACAGUAAGAAGGACUUCUUGAAGACAGUCCACUCCAUCCUGAGAGAUAAACAACGGCGUCAGCUGAUGAAGACUGAGUCUCUACCUCCCAACCAGCAGUAUGUCCCCUUCGGAGGCAAACGCCUCUGUGCCCUGAAGGGAGCCAGACCUGCCAUGAACAGAGCAGUGUCAGACCCGGCGAGGACCCUGGGCCGGAGGAAACUGGUGAGGAACCGUUUCACCAUCGACACAGACAUCGUCUUCGACGGCGAGCCGGACCAGGACUCCCCUCUGUCCCCACUGUCCCCUGAAGAGCCUGAGGAACAGGGACAAAAGGAAGGACAGGGACGGGGGGAGGUGCAGGCAGGGGAUACAGACCGCUGGGUGGAGGAGCAGUUUGACCUGGAGCGCUACGAGGAGGAGCAGGAGGCGCAGCAGGAGACGCAGGUGAAAGGUGGAGGAGACGUUAAAGAGACAGACAUCCUUAGUGACGAUGACGAUUUCUGCCAGUCUGUCGGAGGACCCUCCACUGAACCUCCAUCCACCACAGACCUAGAGGGGCCUGUAGGGGCCCUGUCCUUGGGAGAAGAAUGCAAAGAGGUGGGCCCUAAACACCUCCAGCCCCAGGGAGCCACGGGGACCACUACCCCAGGGAUGAGGCUCUCCCACCUGGGGAAGCAGUGUCCUCUGGUUGGGGUGAGCGUGGAUGACCAGGGGUCUAGGGGGGAGGCUAAGGACAUCUGGGUACGCAGGGAGGACUGUCCUCCGGACUCAUCAGAGCUAGACUAGAAGAGGAGAGAGAACUCUACAGACAGUGUGCCUCAGACAGAGAGCUUUACAUGACACCUUUUUAGUGCACUUCUUUUGACCAGGUCCUAUAGGGUAUCCCAUAUGUCCCCUGGUAAAAAGUAGUGCACUAUAUAGGGAAUAGGGUACAUUUUGGGACACAGUUCAUGGGCUUCAAGACAAGAGACGAUGCAGUGAACUCAAGUCAUUCAUUCCCCAUCCAACCAUAAUGCAUGUAUAUAGACAUGUAUGGUAUGUCUACUGAGAGUUCUCCUCCUUGCCAAUGUGGUUGAAUGUGUUGGUUUUUUGUAGUGUACAGAUAGACUGGUGAACCUCGAACUGAAGCCCUCCAAUGGGAGCAAUACUGGAAUACAAGGAGAGGAGAGCGGUCUUAUCCAAUCAACCAAUGGUAUAGCAACACGGGGGGCUCGUCCAAUCGUGGUGACGUAGAGGCCAAGCUGUAAGAGACUGACACUGACUGUCUAACGGUACAAUCAUGGACCCUGAUCAAUGCUAUUGAUUGGCAUGGUUUGCACAUAGGGGUCGAUUCCUGCGGUUACUAUAGCUUCCUGCUUAUUGUUGCCACGUGGGUAUUUGUUGUGAACACAUGAAGCCUUGUCUGAGAGAGAGAGACUUUGUAUCAUAGUAAAGGGCUGUAUAUUAUUUAAAUAUCAAAAUAAUACUCAAUGGUAGAGGACAGCCUAGUCAAGUCUUUAAGUCGCCUGUUUUCACAGUAUUUUAUCUACUCAGUUUCUCAAUUUACUUCCAUUGUUGUGCAUAUCAUUUUGACCUCCUGUUUUGCAAACCGAAACCAGGCUCAAUUUUUUUAGUUUUUUAGUUUUUGUCUUAAAACUAUUUUGUUCGUUCUGUGAUGACAUAGAAUAACAGAUGUGUUUCAUUAACCUCAUCUUCACUCUUCACUCUUCACCCUUCACCCUUCACCCUUCACCCUUCACUCUUCACUCUCCACCCUUCACUCUUCACCCUUCACCCUUCACCCUUCACUCUUCACCCUUCACCCUUCACUCUUCACCCUUCACCCUUCACCCUUCACCAUUCACCCUUCACCCUUCACCCUUCACCCUUCACUCUUCACCCUUCACUCUUCACCCUUCACCCUUCAC